GAAUGAAACCAAAUUGAUGAAUAAAAAAAGCCCUAACAGUAAGUGAUAUCUUCCCAAUUUCCUCUGUUCAUCUUCCUCCCGGUGGAUAUCAUCUUUCUGCUUUUUGUGGCUCUUCCAUCGUCUCAGUUUGCAAUUUCAGGCCAAGAAGAUUAACUGCGUUUGACAAGGGCGUCGGACGAAAAUCAUAAAUGUCCACAAGAGGAACACUUCAACCGCUAUACAAUGGACGUCCUGUUAAGACUACAGGGUUGAGGCGGCAUGGUCAGUUUCCUGGAUCGGAUUCUGCUGUGGGUCAUAAGUCUCUUGAAUUAUUAGAGGAUAAAUUAGAUGUUCAGACAUCCGACAUAGAAAAACUUGCAAGGGAAAAUCGUAAGUUGGCAGCCGCUCAUGUCACGUUGAGGCAAGAGCUUGUGGCUGCUGAGAAGGAAAUACAAAAUGCACGGGCACAUAUCCGAAGUAUUCAGACAGAAAGCGAUAUUCAGAUGAGAGUACUGUUGGAUAAAAUUGUGAAAAUGGAAGCAAAUAUUGAAGCUGGAGAGGGGCUGAAGAAGGACUUGCAACAGGCACACAAGGAGGUUCAAGCCUUGGUCAAAGACAAACAAGAAUUGGCCUUCCAAAUUCAACAAGAAACUCAAGAGUUGCAUAAAACAGGGUCUGAUGUUAAUAAUCUUCCCAAUUUACAUGCUGAGCUCGAGGAUUUGAGGAAAGAACACCAAAGGUUAAGAGUCACGUUCGAGCACGAAAAAGGUAUGAACGUAGAACAAGUAGAGCAAAUGAAAGCAACAGAAAUGAAUCUGAUUGCCCUGGCAAGGGAAGUAGAGAGGCUGCGAGCCGAGAUUUUGAAUGUGGAGAAAAGGGCUUAUGCACCAAGUGCAUACAGUGGUGCGUACGUGAAUUUGGAUCCUAUGUACCCACCUCGUACCGGUGCCAAUGGCUAUGUUGAUAUGUACGGAAGGCCGUACGUUGCAAUGGCUUCUGUGGCAUCAGGAGACAGUCAAAUCCCUCACCCCGUUGACAAUGGCCCGGUCAGCACUGGAACGGUUGCGGGUGUGGCUGCCCCUAUCGACAGCAUUGCUCGGAGAUAAGUGUGUGAGAAGCCAUGAUUUCUACUUCUUUGUUAUGAUUAACUCCAAUAUUUUGUUUGUUGAAAGUAUAGUUGAGAUGUUUAGUUCAAAGUUUGUCCCUGUAACAUGUUCAGUAUUAUGCA